AUGCCACCAAGAAAGGGAAAAGUCAAAGAAGAGCAGCCAGUGGUCACACUCGGACCGCAAGCAAAGGAAGGCGAAUUCAUAUUCGGUGUUGCGCACAUAUUCGCGUCGUUCAACGACACCUUCGUGCAUGUCACCGAUAUCUCGGGACGUGAAACGAUAGUGCGUGUGACCGGUGGAAUGAAGGUGAAGGCUGAUCGUGACGAAGCAUCACCGUAUGCAGCUAUGCUUGCGGCUCAGGAUGUUGCUGAAAGAUGCAAACAGCUCUCCAUAAACGCGCUCCACAUUAAACUCCGUGCCACUGGCGGCACGAAGACAAAGACCCCAGGUCCUGGAGCUCAAUCGGCUCUCCGAGCGUUAGCUAGAUCAGGCAUCAAAAUCGGUCGCAUUGAAGAUGUCACGCCAAUUCCGUCAGAUUCAACCCGAAGGAAGGGUGGUCGACGUGGUAGACGUCUAUAA